AUGGUCAACUCUCUAGAAGAACGAUUGAAAGCACAUGCUAAUGCAUUUGAUGGAUUACUGUCUUUAAUACCUGCCAAGUACUACUAUGAUGAUGAUACCUCUAAUCAAUGGAAACAGAAAAGAAAGAGUAAAGAGGAGAGGAAACAAAACAAGAGGAAGAAACUAGACCCCAAUCAGAGUAACGAGGUUACAGCCGAAGAGGUUUUAAGGAAUCGGGAGAAAGAAGCCGUUCCUGUGACGAUACCUGGCACUAAGGUGGUGAGGAAGGAGGAAAAGAAGGACACCAAGAUGGACAAGAAGGACAUUAAGAUGGACAAGAAGGACAUUAAGAUGGACAAGAAGGACAUUAAGAUGGACAAGAAGGACAUUAAGAUGGACAAGAAGGACAUUAAGAUGGACACCAAGAUAGACAAGAAGGACUCCAAGAAAGACUCCAAGAAAGAACUUAAUGAAGAACCGAAGAAAGAACCGAAGAAAGAACUUAGUGAAGAAGAAAAGAAAGAGAAAGAGAAGCAUCUUGCAGAAUUAAGAUCGAAACUUUCAGCCAAGAUCAGCAGUAUGAGAGCUAGAAGAAAGGCACCAGGUACAAAUGUUCCUGGUGCUGCUACAUCUAGACAACAAAUUUUAGACGAACGAAGAAGAAAGUGGCAAUUAAAGAACAUGAAAAAGGAGGAGGAGAAGAAAACUGGUAAAGAAGGAGUGCCUGAGGUCAUAGAGGCCGAAGAAGAAGAUGGAGAUGAAGAUAGUAGUAGUGACGAAGAAGCAGAAAGUUCUGCAAGUUCUGUAUUUUACGGAAACAUUGAAUUUGGUGAUGGAGAAAAGGUGCGAACGGAUUUAAGUGGAACUAGAAGAACUAAAGUGAAGAAAGGAACAGCACAUAAAGAUCUCAAAGGUAACUUGAAUAAGAUCUGGAGAGAAAAAGAGAAAAUGAACAAUGUUGGAGCAGAAAAAAGAGAAGCACUUGAAAAGAAGAAGCAAUGGAGUCAUGCUAUGGCAAGUGUUGAAGGAAUUAAGAUCAAAGAUGACGAACAAUUGCUAAAGAAAGCACUUAAAAGGAAGGAAGCUGUUAAGAGAAAAACCAAGAGACAAUGGGGAGAGAGGGUGAGAGGUGUCAGAGAGAUGAAGCAUGCUAAGGAGGACAGAAGGCAGGAGAAUAUUCGCAUUAGAAAGGAGAAUAAAGGAAAGAGUAGCAAAGAUCAGGUCAAACAGUUACCAUCGCAUAAGAAGCUUUCCAGAGCUUAUGUUAAGAGAGCCCGUGCUGGAUUUGAAGGUAGGCUGAAGAGGAAGUAA